AUGAUCUCUACCAAAAAGACAGGCUCGCCACAGACCCGUAAACAGGCUGUGGCUGAAGCCUCUUCCUCUAGAGUCGUCCCAAAGCCUGUGCCAGAAUCGCAGGCCCAGGACCCUAGGACAUAUCAGAUCGACCAGCUGCGGCGACGCUAUUCGCCAAAGGAAAUCACCGCACCGGACGGUGCGACUUCAUUGCUGUUCAAGAUUAAGCCCUCGGAUCCUGACUUUCCAUUUGAGCUGGCUGCCCUCGAGUGUGAUCUCCGUGUCCCGCAGGCAUAUCCGGAUGAGAAGCCGGUGUUGCAUGUGAAAAACAAGGACAUCCCAAGGGGUUUUGGUAUCAAUAUAGAGAGAGGAUGGGAUGGACUCGUGGAGGAGAGACCUGGGGCUACGUUGCUCGCUCACACACGAGAGUUGGACAAGAAUUUGGAAAAGUUUCUGUCUGAGCAAAAGGCCGAGACAGUCAAGCUCGUGACUUUUAGAGACACGAGGCAUGUGGAGGCACAAAAGCCUCAAGCAAAUGAGCCAGUACAGUCCAAGCAGGUCUCUGAGCCAACUCCGCCAAAACCUGCCCCCACGCCCUUCAAGUACGUCCCAGAGCCGUCGUACACAAGAGAUGAAAUCGCCGCUGCAAAGGAGCGACGUGCUCUUGAGAUUCGUCAGCUCGAGGCGCGUAUGAAGAGGACACCCGAGUAUCGCCGUUCUCCUGACGGCGUCGUGUACACGCUGCCGUUGCAACCACUGAAGCGCUCGGAGCUUCCGCCAGGACUGCAAUCUGUCAGGAGUCUUCACCUGAUUAUUCCGCUGAUAUAUCCCCUGCAGAACCUCCGCAUUCAGCUGAAUAAUGUCGAGCCUGAAGUUGCAGAGCCUGUGGAGGACCUAUUCUGCGAAAAGGCAGCUGGGCAACAGCAAAUGUCUCUCAUGAGUCAUCUCAACUAUCUUGCACAAAACAUCCACAAACUGGCGAAGCAAGCACAGGCACAUGUACCCAAGGUCGAGCCAGCAGUACUAGUACCUGAAGAUCAACCCCAAGAUGCAAAGGAAACAGUGUCAAAGUCCGAAGAUAGUCAUAUUCAGGUGAUCCCACGACCCCCUGAGUGGAACCACGUCGAUGGAGACGAAUCUGAAGACAGCUCCAGCUCUGAUGAUGUUGAUGAAGGCGGUGCUGUAUUAGAGAAUGAGAAGGAACCACAGGUCGCCAUGCCAGGUGAAACCCCUGAGCGUGGUACCAUGCUGUCGUUUCCGUCUAUUGAGUUGCACGGUAUUGAAAUACUUCAGCUCUCCAUCUUGGGUAUCAGUGUGAAGUGCGAACGAUGCAAGACAGUCAACGAGGUCACGGGCCUGAAGCCUGACGUCGAGAAGACGUCGAGCUGUAAGAAAUGUGCAACGCCGUUUGCCGUCAAGUAUCGACCUACGCUGGUUCAUGAGCAUUCUACUAGGGCUGGAUUCCUUGAUCUUGCUGGAUGCAAAGUGGCAGAUAUGCUUCCCAGCACAUUUGUCCCAAUCUGCGAGAGAUGCUCUACUCCAGCUCCUGGUCUUGUCUCAGUACGGGGCUCAUCUGUCACCAAUGUUUGCCGAGAUUGCCAUGGUCAUUUCACUUUCAAGAUCCCCGAAGUCAAGUUCCUCUUCAUCACACCUGGUUCGCGUCCUCCACCUACCGCAGGGCCGCGGCGGAAGCAGGAGAAGCUGGGUAUUCACGCGGGAGAGCAGCUCCCCAACAAGGGCGCAUGCUCGCACUACCGAAAGUCCUACCGAUGGUUCCGUUUCUCAUGCUGCAGCCGGGUUCAUCCCUGUGACAAGUGCCAUGAUGAUCAGGAAGAUCAUAUCAACGAAUGGGCCAACCGUAUCAUCUGCGGCUGGUGCAGUCGCGAGCAAAACUAUUCUUCAGCAGUUGAGGCGUGUAGAUACUGCGGCCGAUACCUGAUAGGCAGAAAGGGCCGGGGAUUCUGGGAAGGCGGGAAAGGCACUCGCGAUAGGAGAAUGAUGAGUCGGAAGGAUCCGAGAAAGUACAAGAGGAUUGGUGGUUCGGCAGCUAAAGACAAAGAGACCUAG